AUGCAUAUUAAUCAACGGAAUAAUAAAUCAGACAACCAACAUAUUGCGCUGAAAGCCUUUUUUGUAUUGCUUGCUGUUGGGCUGCAAAAGCCGGGACCAAAGUCUAAAACAAAAGACCACAAAGAUAACUUAAAGAAACGCUUGGCGUCAUGGAAAAGUGGAGAAAUCGAUAAACUGUUGCACGAAGGACGAGUGAUUCAAAGUCGUAUUGGAAAAGGAAGGAAAUCUGAACCACAAAACAAAGCAAAAAUAUUUGCAAAACUUGUUAUGGAAGGCCAGAUAAACUCAGCAAUGCGCUUUCUGAACGAUGAUAAUUCGGGAGGGAUUCUAUCGCUAACAGAUGAUGUAAUGCAACGGUUACUAGAGAAACACCCAGAAGCACAACCAGCAAAAUCGAGAGUUGGCCUUCGCGGACCAGUUCAAGAUAUACCAGAGA